AUGGCGAAAGAUGAGAUUGAGAUCUUCGAGGGGAAGAGAGAUGACGAUUGGCAUCGAUGGAUGGGGUCGUCGGGCCAGGUGAUAAAGGAUCGUAGGACCCAUAACCCUAGUCAUGUUGUUGGAGCGACAGCGAAGCAGCGCCAUACUGCUAGCGAUUUUCUGAAGAAAGGGUUCAACACUGCGACCCAGGCCAGCACUAGGGCGACACUGGGUAAAGAUCUGAUGGACAUUGGUCUUGUCGAUACUGUAGUUUUAGCAAAACAUUGCGACAUAUUGAAGAUGCUGUUUGAAGAGCCUCGUUCUGACGCCGGUGAGUAUCGCAACUCACCAUGGAAGGUGAUUGCGUUGUUGCAGAAUCUCCAAACAUACGACAUGUGGAUCGUCAUGAGGCAUCACUUGUUUAGGAUUCUGGCGCACAGGGAUGCUGAUGGUGCUAUACCCAAUAACUUGGAUGUCUUUGUGAUUGACCUGCAAGCCUGGAAUGGCGAGGACCAUGUCCAGCUUGCUGAGCGGCUCAUGAUCAAGUUGCGGGCGCUUGUGAGGCACGAGGCUUCGGCUGUCCAGGAGGACCCCGACUGUGUGCUCCUGCAUGAGCCGGUGAUGGAAGCUGCCGAGGCGAUGAAGGCUCACCUUGUUGUCGCGGCGCGCUUGUCGACAAAAGAUGGGGUGAUUGCAAACCACGGGCUGGGAUGCUUCCAGAGCCCUCAUGCCACGUUUUUUCUAGGACUGAUGCGGAUGGAGCCUAUCUAUGGAAAAGCUGUCUCCGAAUCGAUGACGGCCAUACAUGAGUGUAUGGAUCUCUUCUGUGAUCGCUUGUUUAUGCAUGGCAAGGCUCUUGCAGACAACGUUAGGUUGGUCUGUCACAUAAAAGGGCUUGCGUCAGUGCUAGUGAUGGUACAGAAUGCGCAAGGAGAUGUUGCCCCACCGCCGAGAGCCAAGGGGGGGGACAGAUAUGAGAUAGGGGCUACGUUGGCGGCCAUUAAUUGUUUACACAACAGCCUCGCUGGGCAGCAGAAGGAUCUUGCGGAACAGAAGAGGAAUCUGCGCAACCUUCUCAAGCGUAAUCGUACGCCUAACCCCAAUACCAAAGGGGCGGAUAAGGGCAAGGGCGGUCAAAAACGCCCAAGAGAUGCGUCGGAAGUGCCAGGGAUUGAGCUUUCAGAGAACGACGACAUCCGGGCAGCCAGGGAGGCUUACCACAAUGUCAUUCGCUGCCACAACUGUAAGCAGCGUGGCCACUUCCGCAAGUCAUGCCCAGAGAAGCAGCAAUGA